UUCAAGAUGGCAGCAUGUUCCGAGCAGGAGAUAGACGGGAUCCUAUCGACGGAUUUACGCUCAAAUUUUCCCGUUUCUCCUGCGCCGAUUCCGAACAGUGAAGUGAUCUCUAAGCACUCACGGACCAGGGAACGUAGCCUAUCAAAGAAGGUCUCCAACAACGAGAGGCUAGGCGGCAGUGGUGGAGUGGUGGCCAAGGCCCUGCCGCAGCAGUGGCGGGAGGAGGAGGAGGGUGUGGGGGAGCGGGACAUCAACCAGCUCUCGGACGACGCCUUUGAGAGCGUGCUGCGCGAGCUGGUGGAGUGCAAGCCGCAGGCGCGCUCGAGCUCGCUGGUGCGCAGCCUGCGCCGCGAGGUGCGCGACCAGGAGGAGCUGUUUGAUGGCUCCCUGCACGCACUGCCCCUGCUCUCCUCGUCUGCCUCCGGAGGGCACCACCAGCCACGACACCACCACAGGCCGGGCGGCUCCAUCUCGCUUCAGGACUUGGCCAGCAGCUCUCCCAUGCCGUCAUCCAGCAUGGUGCGACCGCGCGGGGGCGGAGUCCCCAAUCCGGCAGGUCGCGGCAUGAGGCAGGUGACCGCAUCUCGCCUUGCGGACGGCCGCACGGCGCGCCUCGACCACCACAUCGAAGCGGCCACGGCAACAGCUACAGCAGCCAGCAGCAACACUGGAAGCGGAAGCAGCAGCGGCAGCGAGGCAUCGCGCGCUGACGAAGAGAAGCCCAGCGCUGCAGUGGCCGCCCUCGGCAGGGUUGACGAGCCUUCCUGCGCCAUCAAGUUCCCGCUCCUGGUCAGGCCUGGCAAGACCCCGCAGCCCGACCAGGAGCUGGUGACCAUCAAGAACGGCAGCAGCAUGGCCACAAACGACGACACUGUUGAGUUGCCAGCACCGCUGGACCAUGGGCCCCGCCGGGUCACCACUGCAGUCAUAGACCACAACCACACCACAUUCAUUGCUGCAAAGGAAUUUUGCAUGGACAAGGAAGGCAGGAUGUCCUUCUUCGGAGGCACUUCGGCAACACCCUCGACACGCCGCGAGAGCGACCGACACCAAAGCAGCGGCGAGAAAAAUUCGACGCUGUACCAUUUGCCGGCACGGCACCUUCUUGUCACCCGCGCUGGGUGCGUUCCAUUCGUGAUCGAGGGGCGCUCGGAAACAUGUGACACAGGAACUGUGACUGCCAUAGCACAGAGCCGCAUCCGUGAUGGUGAACUUCACAGCAACAAUGGCUCAUACUCGGCGCGCAAAAGCAAGCGGUCACGCAACCAUGUGGAUCCUACCGUGAUGGCUGAACAGAUGACAGGCCACCGCGGCAGCGACUCCAUUGACACGCUGCUGGCUUACAUCUACUCGGAUGACAAGAGUGGAGCACCGAACAGCUCAAACAACGGAGGCAACAGUCUGAGCACGGAGAGCCGCAAGGGCAAGAACGUGCGCAAAGGUGCUGCCUCGUCUUCGUCAAACUCCAGCGGCGCCAAGAACUCCCUUUCGAGUCCGCCACCGGGCCAGGCUGAUGAAAAGGAGGUGGUGCAUGAGGGCUUGUCAGAGGACGUCAUCAACAACAACUUCGACUCCUCACAUCGACGAGCAGUCUUUGAGGAUGCUCCGCUUUGCGGCGGUGGAAGUGGCGGCAGCCCAAACGAGAAGGAGCGCUCCUUCUCGCCUAGCUUCUACUCAGACUACGGCACUGAGACUGAGCUCACUGGGAGCUACAGGGUGGACCUGUCAUCCUACUCGGAUGUCGACCAGAUCCAGGAGUCGGAGUUCAGGCUAGUCACAAAGAAGCAGCGGCGGAGAGCUCAGCUCAAGAAGGCAGCGACCACAGUGUACGAGGGCUUCCACAGGCCUCUCGGCGGAGGAGGGGGCAGUGCAACAGGAUUUGGCAGUUCACACGGAACCGCCAUUACUUCUGCAACUGGCAAUGGACCAGUUGAGGACUCAACAGUGCGGAGACCUGGUGUGCACUCUCUGGAGAGCCUGUCGCAGCCACAACCGCAGCAGCUGCAGCAACAACGCAAUAGCGUCGGUGCACCAAGCAUCCGGCAAGAGCCCCCCGCCACGGUGGUGGGGGGCGGCCGCCAGCACAACUACACGGGCUCGGCGCCGCCUUCCGAGCCGUCUUCUCCAGAGAACUCUGACCUGGACAGUGUCCACUCGCUGCCAGUGAGCAGUGGCAGUGGCGUGGCUGCUACCACGGUCUUGCAGACGUCGUACGCUGACAUUGCACGCAUGUCUUGCCGGCAGGGCCGCGGCGGAACUAGUAGUAACGGUGGUGGUGGUGGGGGUGGUGGUGGUGGUGCCGCUGCAGCAAAUUCGUCACCAGGGGCUGAGAACCCAGCAGCUGUAGUAGUGCCUUCACAACAAACGGCAGUUCGGCCAACUAGUCAAGGAACGGAGACUCUGGCGGCGGCUACGAGCGCGGUGGCGCCCACGGCAGGUGGCCUGGCCACGAUGACUGCGGGCAUUGGCGGUGCACGCGAGAACGUUUCGUCGUCCUCCGCAGAGCAUUAUCAGAGUGGCGAGGGUGACAGGUCGAGCAGCCCUGCGGUUGUGCUCCUGGAUGACAUUGGCGGCACGCCACCCACGACACUUGGCGAGAUAACUUUCGGUUUUGAUGUGAACGAGCAGCUAGUGCAAAUGAGUCUGAACAGUCAGUUCCAAUGUGUGCCUUCAGGGGGAACUCUUGGGGAAAGGGGAGAGCCUGCAGCCACAGCUGCUGCUGCUACUGCUGUCGUGGCUCCUCCUCGCUUUGACGGGCGGCCGGAAGAGCUGGGCAGGUUCAACCACAGGGACGUGGUGGACUUCCUGGACUGGGAGUGGGUGAGAGCGUACCAGAGCUACGAAAAAGAAGGCUCCUCGGACUCUAAGACAAGAGUCCUGUACUACUGUGAUUCGUCGUCCUCUGGUGGCCAGCAGCAACAGAACAGCUAGCCUGCGCAUACGCGCACUUACAUGGAAUGAAACGUCGAGAAGAGGCAGUGGACGAGCAGCGCAGUUCAACUCGUCACUGUAUGUCCGCGGCUAUGUGCGGCAGAAAACUGGACGUGUGGCAUGUGCAUGCUUGACCUGCUCUGGCUGUCUCUCUCUCUCUCUCCAUCCCUUUCUCAUGGCUCUUUUUUCCGAUUGCCGGCACUAAAGUGCUUCUCCUUGUUUAUCAUCGCCUGGCUCUCUCGCCUCAGCAAAGUCUUCCGCCGCUGCAAGCAAGCAAGCAAGCCGCGUGAAAAAGUCUCCAAGCACAGGGCUUCACCGCCCCUUCUGCAUUCUGCUGCAGCCACCUCGCUACCCCCAUCUGAUGCCUUUUUCAUUCGUCCCUCCCUCGUUUUCAACAAGAGGCAAGACUGCUGGUGAAGUAUGUAGCAGCUCGUCCAUUAUCACUGUCAGCCGCUGCUGCUCCGAUUUACGCCCAAGCCAAGCCAAGUCAGUUUAUGAAAACGCCACGAGAGCUCCCUUGGCUCGCCUCUCAAAGCCUGCUGUCUUUUUUUUUUUUUUGCAACGUUGCGACCGACAAACGUAACAUGCCACAGACAUGUUGGAAGCUCUCUGGUGUGGCCCCAGGGACUGUGUUUGUGUGUGUGUGCACCUCUCUCGUCUUGUGUGUUUUCUGUGAUGCCGUGCAACUGCAACUGACGCAAGGGGCGUGAUGCGACGUGCAGCAGAGUGGCUAUGCAUAUAGACUUUAAACACUGGCAUGUGUCGCGCCUUUCACCGAAUGAAGGCAAGUGAAACUGCUUGUUGAAACAACCCCCUUCCCCCUCAUAAGGGAGCGAGGGUGCGAGUGAGCAAAGUGUGUGAAGACUCGUCUUUGUUUCGGCUCCUUCGUCUUUCUCGUCUCGUCCCUUUGUCGACGACUGCUGUAGGGAUUAUGAUACAAGUGCUUGCUCAGCAUCGCGUGGACAAAUGCUCACGAGCAGUGCCAGACAGGAAACGUUAGAUGGUUGUUGUUGCUCUCUAUUUCCUCCUCCGAAUGACGUCCCAUCUCCCGGUCCCUUCCUGACAUCCCCCACCCCCGGCCCACUCUCAGAUUGAAAGUGACUUGGUUUUCCUCCCUUUCAAAAGGUGUUGAGCGCAUUUGCACAUUUCUGGAACUGCAGCAUCACACGGGUAGGCCCUCCCAAGGAGUGCGACUAACACAGUCGGGGACAGCGCUUGCGUGUGAACUUGUUGCCCCUGUGUACUGUGGUGGCAGACUGCUUAUUGAAGGCCAAGCUGAGCACGGACAGUUGUGAACGCAUAGUUGUGUCUUGCAAGAAAUCUUAAGUUGGUGGGGCAUGGAGACAAGGGGGCAUUUGUUGGAUGAUGUAGGUGGUGCAGAGAAGUUCCUCUUUGGUUGUUACAUAGGGAACUUAGGCACUGGACAAUUUUUUUUUUUUAAUUGGCGUUCUGGAAAGAAAAGGCUCUGAAACUGGCUGCAUGUGUGCUAAAAGUGUGAGCGUCUGUGUGUGCGUGCAUUGUUGUGUGUGUGCGUGUUACCUUAUACUCAUGCGGCACUUUGGUAGUGUUGUGAUGUUUAUUUUUUUUUUUUAUCGAGAUUGACUUUUCAGAUGUGACUGCUACUGCCACAAGUGUCCGUGGGAUUAAGGGUCAGGGGAUAAAAUGUCUUAAUGAGGCACAGAAAAGAUUAGAAAGUGGACAUGUCUGUUAUGGGGCUUCAAGAUUGGCCAUUGAAGUGUGUGUCUGUGAGCUUACUUUAUUUUUUUUUUGAAGACCUUGAAGUAUUGUACACAGUCAAAACGUGUUACCAGAAGAGCUGCUCUGUUGUUACACAGGGGUUCAGUAGAGAUGUCCACGCCCUCUUGAAUGCCGGACUUGAGUUUUAUGCACAGGUCAAGCCUGAUCCUUUUUUUUUUCAUGUGCUUGACAACGUUGUGAUGACUUUGCCACAUUUUAAUUUUUUUUUGUUUGCUCUUCUAGAGUCUGCCAACACCAUUUUCGCUGCCAGAAUGGUGUUGCACAUUAUUUAUUAUAUAAUUAUUGUUACCAGAGUUAAAGGACAGCGGGGACACUGGUGAGGUACACAGUGCUUCUUGCUGCAAUGACUUGCAGGUUUCCUAGGUGUUCACCUGUGAUGGAACAAAAGAAAGUAUAUAUUAUAGGUCAGGGUAACAAAUCCUUCCAUUCAUCCCCACCCCCUUGUCACCCUCCCACUUUGCCAAAUUGAUCAGCCUGAUCAGCCCCCGUUUUUUAAAGCGUGAUGAAAAGGGGGGGAAGGUCCAGUGGAACGCUUCCGUAGGCAACACAUAUCGGUGUAGAUGUGGGAGGCACACGUGGUAGCUAACGACAAGCAACGUUGCCUCGCAGGUACGGCUCUGCUCUCUCUCCCCGAGAGUGCGCAGAAAGCGAAAGCCGUUGUUGAGGAAAUGAAAAACAAAGUUCUGUGUUCCUUAGUUUAUUCUUAGUUUAUAAAAAAUGCAACUCGAGUUUUGCCACAACUCCCCCACACCCCACCAAGCCCUCCUUCAUUGCCAGGUUCAGAAGUGUCUCCCAGCACUUGUUUGUCGUGCAAGGCAUUCUUGGAGCGUGGAAGAUGCUUUGGGCUGUCUUGGCUGUGCCGUGCCCAAUAUGGAAGGAGAGGAGCAUAAUAGGCGUUUUUUGUUUGUUUUUCGAUGUUGUUUGAGAGAGCGUUAAAUGAAUGUCUAAAGUAUUCACUAGUCGACGAUGAGGAGGCGAUUUAAAUAACGAGAAGCAUCAGUUGAGACCCAGGCGAUGAAGAGAGUUUACAAAGAGGACUAUUGUAUGUCCGCGAGUGUGCCCAUGCGCGGGUGUCUUUCUCGACUGGGCCCGAACUUCGUCCCUGCUUUUCGAGUGUCUGUGAAUGCGAAGAAAGAAAAUAUAUAUAUAUAUAAUGUGCGAGAAAUCUUACUGGCUACCGCCUGAAGAACGCUCCAAGUUCUGGCGUUCCUUUCAUCCCGUUCAUUAGAGGUGAUGUAAAAAAAAAAUUGACAUCGAGGCAAGUUUUUUUUCUUUUUUACAUUUUGCCCGCUGCCUUUCCUAGCCAAAAGAGCCUGUUCGCUGAACAUUCCACAUCGGAUUGGGCACUACUACAAUGCGCAGUCUUGUGCGCUCACUGGAGUGUUCGUGUGCAUUACCCCAUAGCGAACGAAAAACAGUGUUCACGACGGCGCUGUGUACUUUGCCUCGCCGCCAGAGACAAUUUUAUCGCGACACAGUUUGUCUCCAUUGGUUUGUGGCCAGUGGCCUGGCAUACGUUAAAGACUUCAUGCUUUUUUUUUUCGCGCAGCAACGACAGUCCCCUUACCCUGGCCUCCCCAUUGCAUUUGUGGAGGGGAUGAACGGGCCCAAAAGAAAGUGCAAUGAAAUAAAAACAGUUGCUUGAAGAGUUUA